AUGAACAUUUGUCCUCUUCCGGAAGACGCGGACUCAGAUCUCGCGACGUGGUCCCGCGAGAUCUUUGCGCACAACCUGACGGGCGAAGAGGAGAAGCUCAGGGAGGAGGCGGAGGUCAGGCUGGGGGACUUGGACGUGAAGAUGAAAGCGGCGGAGGAGGACCUGCGCGCCCGCGAGGCGAUGCUGCGGCUGGCGGCGCUAGAGUUGGACAACAAGGAGAAGGAAGUGGCGGCCAUCCGGGCACAAGAAUCUGCUGAGGCACAGAAGGCGGAGGCUGCGCGCACGCUGGCGCAAGCUGCACAGAAUGAAGCGGAGGAGAAGGCGGCGGCGGCAGCGGACAAGUUGGCCGUAGUCGUGAAGCGGUUGGCAGACGAGGAGGAGCGACUGGCGGCAGUAAAUGCGAGAAAAGUAGUCGUCGAGAAGGAAGUGGGAAGCGAAAACGAUGGUCCGGAUGCAAAGUUGAGACGGAUGGAGAUCGCGAAGGGGAAGAAGAAGCAGUCAGACGAAUCGGGUGCCGAGGAAGAAGGUGGACAGAUCUCGGCGGACGUGACGAGCGCUGCGGAAAAGAAGUUGGCGCUGUUGGAGGCCGAAAUCGAACAGGUGGAGGUCCAAGUCCGGGAAGCACUGGCAUUUGGGGCGCCCAAGACCGGACCCGGAAGUGGUGCCGACGGAGAAUCCGGAACCACGUCAGCGCCGGUCCCGGCCAAGGGGGUGAUGCAGCGCGAGGGGGGCCAGGCCGGGGCCAGCGGCGCGCUCAAGGAGAAGAAGAAUACGAAGGGCCCAGCAGCCACUGGAGCAAUCCUGACGUCCGAUGCGGAGGCGGCGAAGGCCAUCCAUGACCUGACGCUUAAGAAGGAGGCGGCCGAGGCGCAGUGCGCGGCGCUGGUGGCGGAGCUGAAGGCAAACGAGGAGAGCCGCAGCGAGUGGGCGCGCGCUCAACGGGCGGACCAAGAGGCGCAGCGGCUGUAUUUGGCGGAGCAGCGCGAGAAGGACCUGGCUGAAAUGCAAGACGUAUGGCACCGGAAAAUAGCGGCAGCGCUUGCGAACCUGACGGUGCUGGGCGGAGAAGUGUUCCGUCUCCGCUCGAGGCUGCGGGUGCUUGAAGCCACCAAGAAUGAGGGUGCGAAGAAGGUGAGUAUGUGA